CUGUGUCUUUCCAUUUCUCUAACUUCACAUUGCCAGAAACGUGCAGUUCAUUUCAUAUGACAUUUAUUCAAGGUUACUGAGUGAUUUUUACUUCAGAUCUCCAGCAAGUGCUACAAAAUAGAAAAGAUUCUGAAGAAUCAAAUCUUCUGUGAAGUCCAAGUAACAUCCCUACCUUGACCACAAGUAAGAGAAAUGAAGCACAUUAUCAAGCCCUAUGAAAACAUCAGUGAUACAGCAAGAAAUAAUUCAGACUGUCCUCAUGUAGUUUUGCCGGAAGAGAUAUUUUUCACAAUAUCCAUCGUCGGAGUUUUGGAGAACUUGAUCGUCCUUCUGGCUGUGCUUAAGAAUAAGAACCUCCAGUUGCCCAUGUACUUUUUCAUUUGCAGCUUGUCCGUUUCUGAUAUGCUGGGCAGCCUGUAUAAGAUCUUGGAAAAUAUCCUGAUCAUAUUAAGAAAUACAGGCUAUCUCAAGCCACGUGGCAAUUUCGAAAGCAUGGCUGAUGACAUCAUCGACUCCAUGUUUAUCCUCUCUCUGCUUGGCUCCAUCUUCAGCCUGUCCGUGAUUGCCGUUGACCGCUACAUCACCAUCUUCCACGCUCUGCAUUAUCACAACAUCAUGACCAUGCGCCGCACGGUCAUCCUUCUAAUGGUCAUCUGGACAUUCUGCGUGGGGAGUGGCAUAGCCAUGGUGAUAUUCUCCCAUCACGUGCCCACGGUGAUCACCUUCACCUCACUGUUCCCACUGAUGCUGGUCUUCAUCCUGUGCCUCUAUGUGCACAUGUUCCUGCUGGCCCGCUCCCAUGCCAGGAAGAUCUCCACCCUCCCUGGAACCAACAUGAAAGGGGCCAUCACACUGACCAUCCUGCUUGGGGUCUUUAUCUUCUGUUGGGCUCCCUUUGUCCUUCAUGUCCUCUUGAUGACAUUCUGCCCAGAUAAUCCUUACUGUGCUUGCUACAUGUCUCUCUUCCAGGUGAAUGGCAUGUUAAUUAUGUGCAAUGCAGUCAUUGACCCCUUGAUAUAUGCCUUCCGGAGCCCAGAGCUCAGAGGUGCCUUCAAAAAGAUGAUCUUGGGCAACAGGUACUGGUAGAACCCUGAUUUUAGAUUCCACAGGAAUAAUAUGGUCAAGUGACAGAAUAAUGUAAUAUUCCAACAAGUGCUAAUGCUUCUGACUGUCCUUUCCUUCCCUAACAGAUAGGAGGAUUAUCCCACCAACUAGUGUUUAUAAUAACUCAGUUCUGUGUGAAAAGUCUUGUAGAAGCAACUUUUAUAGCUUUAUAACUAGAGGGAUAAAAUGAUGUACUAAAAAGAAGGAUAGUAUGCAAAG